AGUUACUUAGAUCUCGUAAGCUUGAUUAGUGGAAGUGUGUGACUUCACUGGCGAUUACGGAAACAACCGCUUAACGAGAAUCAAAUAAAUAAAGGAUUAACAUCGAGUCACCACCUGUGUACGCUUGUAACACUGUCCACAAUGUCCAGGCAAUCCAACCGAACGACAGACAGCAAGAAGAUGAACUCAGAGCUGUUCACACUGACGUAUGGAGCUCUGGUCACCCAGCUUUGUAAAGACUAUGAGAACGACGAGGAAGUCAACAAACAACUGGAUAAGAUGGGUUAUAACAUCGGGGUGCGUCUUAUCGAGGACUUCCUGGCACGCUCCAACAUAGGCAGGUGUCAGGAUUUCCGAGAAACUGCCGAUGUCAUUGCCAAGGUGGCAUUUAAGAUGUACCUGGGAAUCACUCCCAGUGUGACUAACUGGAGUCCAGCAGGAGAUGAAUUCUCCCUCAUCCUUGAAAACAACCCCUUGGUGGACUUUGUGGAGCUGCCAGAUAAUCACAGCACACUCAUCUACUCCAAUCUGUUGUGUGGGGUCCUCAGAGGAGCCCUGGAGAUGGUCCAGAUGGCGGUGGACGUCAGAUUUGUCCAGGACACACUGAGAGGUGACAAUGUGACAGAAAUUCGCAUGAAGUUCAUCAAGAGAAUUGAAGAAAACCUCCCAGCAGGAGACGAGUAACAGGAAAUAAGGAAAAGGACUAUAAGUGAGGAUGAAUAGACUUAAAACAUCAGGCUGAGUGGGACGCCUCGAUGGCCGAAGUAUGUUUUCCUCCAUAACACUGUAGACCGGACGUUUCGUUUUAUGUUUUGCGCAUCUAGCGUCUUCAUUCUCCAGACUCUUUUCCCCAGUUAAAAAAAAUGAUUGGGACUUGUCACAAAGCAAAGACACACUGUACCCAAAUAAACAGAAGAUUAUAAGACACGCUGGUACUUAUAUCACAUCCUCUAGCAUUUUUUCACUGGUUUAGUUGGAGGGCGUAUUACGGUGAAUGGAAGCUCCAGUUCAUUCCUUCUCUACCAUCCCACAUGAAAGAAAACAUCUAAUCUUUGUUCAUUCUGCAAAUAGUAAUCUUUUAAUUGCUAUGUUGUUUUUUGGUGUGUGGCAGUAAAGCCACCUACUGUUCAUUAUGUCUGUGUGUUAGUCUCUUUUUCUUUUUUUAAAAUGAAAUCACAUUAUAUGUAUAUUGCUGCCCGUUGUUUGGCAUUAUAAUUUAUCCAGGUGCAUAUGUCAAAUAAAUGUGGCAUGUUUGAUAUGA